CAUGGUGAAAUGGAGAAAUACGAGAAGAUUUCCAAGAUCGGAGAAGGCUCCUACGGAGUCGUGUUCAAAUGCCGCAACCGAGACACAGGACAGACGGUCGCCAUCAAGAAAUACGUAGAAACCGAGGAUGAUAUUUUGAUCAAGAAGAUUGCAUUGAGAGAGAUCCGCAUGCUCAAGUUGUUGAAACACCCGAACCUUGUGAACCUAUUAGAGGUAUUCAGACGGAAGAGGAAACUGCAUCUCGUAUUCGAGUUCUGCGAUGCGACCGUCCUGGAUAUUCUAGAAAAGCAUCCCAAAGGAGUUCCUGAACAAUUGACAAAACGCAUCACAUGGCAAGUCAUUCAAGCUGUAAACUUUUGCCAUUCCCACAACGCAAUUCAUAGAGACGUGAAACCCGAAAAUAUCCUUCUGACGAAAGAAGGCGUCGUGAAGCUGUGCGACUUCGGCUUCGCCAGAACCCUCAGCCCAGGGGAAAACUAUACGGAUUAUGUCGCUACUCGUUGGUACCGCGCCCCCGAACUCCUUGUGGGGGAUACGCAAUAUGGGCCCAGCGUCGAUGUAUGGGCAAUUGGAUGCGUGGCUGCCGAACUCAUGCGAGGAGAGGCUCUCUGGCCCGGGAAAUCAGACGUGGAUCAACUGUACUCGAUACGCAAAACCGUCGGAGAACUGAUACCGCGCCAUCUGCAGAUCUUCAAGAGCAACGACUUCUUCGCUGGAGUUACGAUUCCGGAGCCUGAUCACAUGGAACCUCUGGAGGACAUGAUUCCCAAAAACAACGACAAGUUCGCCAUCGAUUUCCUCAAGAAAUGUCUCGAUCGAGACCCUUCAAAGCGAUCAACCUGUGAACAAUUACUCCGGCACCCGUACUUCAAUGGCAGUCAUGAUGAGGAGUCGCGCAAAGAGAAUCCUAGAGCAAGUUCAAAGGGGAAUCCACAUUCGGGUCUGAGCAGUGGAACCGCGACCACUGUGUUUCCCAACCUGGAUACCCAAACAAGUGAUAGUAGAGGUAACGGUCCGCUUAUGCCAGAGGCGAAAGCCUCUCAACUCUAUUCGCGGACCCGAAUGCAGUCCGAUCAUCUUCCGCACAUAUGACGGUACGAUCCAGAUGCAUCCGCAUCUUUAUCCUCGAAUAAACUCUCUGCCCAGAUCCAGCAAGCUAAUAGCUCAGCUUGGUUCUGGAAGUAAGCAUCGGAGUGUCAUCACGUUAAUGGCUGCUUGCAGCACGAGGACUGUUCCGAAUGAGAUGGCACCGUUCGCAAGGCUUCAUCGUACAUUUCAAACCUGCUACCCGAUCAAACCUCUUAUUGUGACUCUAGGUUCGCUAUCUGAGAGAUUAAAGC